AUGGAGACGGGGGCGCUCCGCGGGCUGCUGGCGCUGCUCGUCCUCGGCGCGGCCAGCGCCGCCAGGCAGGAGCUGCAAGUCCUAGACCUGCUGACGGUGACCGAGGCCCGGCACAUGGCCAGUGUAGCAGACAAGAUCAGGACACAACUACUGGCAGUCGAUGACAUUUACCUCCUCUCCACCUUCCGCCUGCCCCCCAAGCAGGGCGGGCUGCUCUUCGGCCUGUACUCCAAAAAGGACAACACCAGGUGGCUGGAGGCCUCCGUCAUUGGGAAAAUCAACAAAGUGCUGGUGCGCUACAUGCGGGAAGAUGGCAAGGUGCACUCCGUCAACCUGCAGCACGCCAGCGUGGCGGACGGGCGGAGCCACACGGUGAUCGUGCGGCUGAGCGGCCUUCGUGGGGACACCCUGGCCAUGGAGCUCUACGUGGAUUGCAAGCAGGUGGACUCCAGCGUGGGGCUGCCCGAGGUGAUGAUCCUGCCCCAGGCUGAGGUGGAGUCGGUCGAGGUGCGCACAGGGCAGAAGGCCUAUCAGAAGAUGCAGGGGUUCGUGGAGUCAAUGAAGCUGAUUUUAGGAGGGUCCAUGAGCCGAGUUGGGGCCCUGAGCGAAUGUCCCUUCCAAGGGGAUGAAUCCAUCCAGAACGCAGUGACCGGGGUGCUGAACUCCAUCCUGGGUGAGCAGGCCAAGGCCCUGGUCACUCAGCUGACCCUCUUCAACCGGAUCCUGGGGGAGCUGCGAGAGGACAUCCGCGACCAGGUGAAGGAGAUGUCUCUGAUCCGGAACACCAUCAUGGAGUGCCAGGUCUGCGGGUUCCACGAGCACCGCUCUCGCUGCAGCCCCAGCCCCUGCUUCAGUGGCGUCGACUGUAUGGAGACGUACGAGUACCCCGGGUACCGCUGCGGGCCCUGCCCGCCCGGCUUCGAGGGCAACGGCACUCACUGUGCUGACAUCAACGAGUGCAGUUAUGCAGACCCUUGCUUCCCGGGCUCCAAGUGCAUUAACACCGCGCCUGGCUUCCGCUGCGAGCCCUGCCCUCGAGGGUACAAGGGGAAUCUCAUCUCUGGUGUGGGCGCAGACUAUGCCAAGGCCAGCAAGCAGGUUUGUACAGAUAUUGACGAAUGUAACGAUGGCAACAAUGGCGGCUGUGACCCGAACUCCAUCUGCACCAACACGGUGGGCUCCUACAGGUGCGGGCCGUGUAAGGCUGGGUUCCUGGGGAACCAGACGCUGGGCUGCGUCCCACAGAAAUCCUGCAGCAGCCCCACCCACAACCCCUGCGACAUCAACGGCUACUGCAUGUUCGAGCGGAACGGCGCCGUCUCCUGUGCGUGUAACGUGGGCUGGGCCGGGAACGGGAACGUGUGUGGGCGGGACACGGACAUCGACGGCUACCCGGACGAGCCGCUGCCCUGCAUCGACAAUGACAAGCACUGCCAGCAGGACAACUGCCGGCUGACGCCCAACUCCGGGCAGGAGGACGCUGACAAUGACGGCGUCGGAGACCAGUGUGACGAUGACGCGGACGGGGACGGCAUCAAGAAUGUGGAGGACAACUGCCGACUCUUCCCCAACAAGGACCAGCAGAACUCAGACACUGACUCCUUCGGGGACGCCUGUGACAACUGCCCCAACGUACCCAACAACGACCAGCGGGACACGGACAGCAAUGGUGAGGGGGAUGCCUGCGACAACGACAUCGACGGGGAUGGGAUCCCCAAUGUUCUCGAUAACUGCCCCAAGGUGCCCAACCCGCUGCAGACGGACCGGGAUGAGGAUAGCGUCGGGGAUGCCUGCGACAGCUGCCCUGAAAUGAGCAACCCCACUCAGACAGAUGUGGACAGCGACCUGGUGGGAGACGUCUGUGACACCAAUGAGGACAGCGAUGGGGACGGGCACCAGGACACCAAGGACAACUGCGCCGAGAUCCCCAACAGCUCCCAGCUGGACUCGGACAACGACGGGCUGGGGGAUGAGUGUGACAACGACGACGACAACGAUGGCAUCCCCGAUUACACGGCGCCCGGCCCCGACAACUGCCGCCUCGUCCCCAACCCCAACCAGAAGGACUCGGAUGGGAACGGUGUGGGCGACGUCUGUGAGGAGGAUUUCGACAAUGACACUGUGGUGGACCAGCUGGACGUGUGUCCGGAGAGCGCCGAGGUGACGCUGACCGACUUCCGGGCCUACCAGACCGUCAUCCUCGACCCCGAAGGGGAUGCCCAGAUCGACCCCAACUGGGUGGUUCUCAAUCAGGGCAUGGAGAUUGUACAGACCAUGAACAGUGACCCAGGCCUGGCAGUAGGCUACACGGCCUUCAAUGGGGUGGACUUCGAGGGCACCUUUCACGUUAACACCAUCACGGAUGACGACUACGCCGGCUUCAUCUUCAGCUACCAGGACAGCGCCAGUUUCUACGUGGUGAUGUGGAAGCAGACAGAGCAGACAUACUGGCAGGCGACGCCCUUCCGGGCGGUGGCCGAGCCAGGUCUACAGCUCAAGGCCGUGAAGUCCAAGAACGGCCCCGGGGAGCACCUGCGCAAUGCCCUGUGGCACACAGGCCACACCCCAGACCAGGUCCGGCUCCUCUGGAAAGACCCCCGCAACGUGGGCUGGAAAGACAAGACCUCCUAUCGAUGGCAGCUCACACACAGGCCCCAGGUGGGCUACAUCAGGGUGCGGCUCUAUGAGGGACCCCGUCUGGUGGCUGACUCUGGGGUGAUCAUCGACACCACCAUGCGGGGCGGGCGGCUGGGCGUCUUCUGCUUUUCCCAGGAGAACAUUAUCUGGUCCAAUCUGCAGUAUCGGUGCAAUGACACGAUCCCAGGAGACUUUGAGCCUUUCCGCCGAUUCCUGCUGGAGGGCCGUGAGUGA